GAACUCGCGACGCUCUCCUUCGCGGACGACGCCGCUACAACGGCAAAAUCACGUCCUACAACUUAAAGCCGAAGCUCCCGCUGCCCGGCGCAGCUGCCACGGGAUUCGCUUUGAGCGACAUGUGGGGCACGCUGAAGGCGAGAGAGUGCCACGUGAUUGUCGAUGGAGAAGUUUGGACCGGCCGAUUUGCAGUGUGGCGCUAUCCAGCAAUGUUGGCCUCUGACAUAGAGGUCUGGACAGCGACGAAACCGCUUCCGAGUUGCGCGAAGUACAUCCCCAACAACUGCAUCAUAUGCAGCCGUGAAGGCGGAGGCGCAGUAAACCUGGGUGAUGGAGACUACGAUGGGGACGAGCUCAUGAUUUGUGGUUGGGACAAGCUGCUCGAUUUCCUUGACAACACCCCAUCCGAGCUUAGCUACAGGGAUUUCUGUUCUAGGGCGGACACUGCUCCUGUCCGGGGUAGGGCAUGUGCAAUGGCUGAAAGGGCCCAGCACGUUGCUUUUAAAUCUCUUAUUCCGGCCGGCGAUGGCUCCUUGCUGCUGGCUGUUAGUCUGGCGCAAGUGGCUCACAUGGCCUACGAUGUCCCCAAGAAGUACAAUGCCGAGGCUGUAUUGGGACUUGGCGCCGCAUUGCUAUCAGAUGCCGGCAUUUCUCCGCGGGCCGAGCGGGCUUCCACAGAAAUUGUGGAGUCGCUCCAGAUGGGGUACGAAGACCCGGUCUCGCAGUUACCAGCGCCGGGCAAUUUUCCUGGCAGACCGGUUACGGCUGGCAUGGUCUGGAUGCCCCGGAGAGAAGUCAAGCUCUCUGCCGAAGCAGGAGCUGCCUUGCGGGGAAUUUUGCUCCGGCCACGCGGCCCAUUUGAUGGCCUCGAGGACGACGCAACGCGCGUUCCUCUGGAGGCGGUAGGGGGGCUUGUCGCCCACCGCUUGGUCAACUCCGUCGGCAACUUGAGAGAUCAUGCCGAGUCGGAGGACCCUGCUUUUCUUUUGUCCACUGUUCCCGAGGCCACUUUGCGCUGCAAGGAGAUGGGAACGUGGAAUCAUCUUUUGAAUUGUCAGCUGAGGUUUUAA